UAAAGUAUUUCCUCACGUGAUUUGUAGAGGAACUAUAAAAAGGUAGCAAUACCCUUACCUGACAACGUGUGCUUGGGCGAUUCUGUUUUACAACGAGCUUUCGCCAUGCCGAUGUUUGUAGUGAACACAAACGUUUCGAAGGAUGCGGUCCCUGCAUCAAUAAUGUCUGAAAUUACCGAGGAGCUUGCUAAAGCGAUGGGCAAACCGUCCAACUACAUCGCCGUGCAUAUCAAUCCGGAUCAGAUGAUGAUGUUCGGGACGAAAGAAGAUCCGUGCGCGCUGUGCUUCCUCUACAGCAUCGGCAAGAUUGGGGGCUCUCAGAAUAAAAAGUAUUCUAAACUGCUAAUGGACAAGCUUAAUACCCACCUUGCUAUUUCACCUGAGAGGAUCUACAUAAACUUUGUCGAUAUGGAGGCAGCAAAUGUAGCCUGGAACAACACCACCUUUGGCUAAUGGCUGGUUUCAUCCCCCCACCCCCGACUGGGUACUCACCCUUUCUGCUACAGAAAUAAUGGCUGCCAGAUGACUAAGAAAUAAUCGCUUUCCUCUUGUCUGCUUAAUGUAUAUUUACAUCAUUCAUUCUGCUACCACAUCCCCUAUAGAUGUAAGUGCUUACUAUGAACUUGAAUUGAAACAGGCAAUAAAUGAUAGAUUUUCAUAAUC